CAUGAACCCAGAGACCACCUCCUGUCUCUUCUUCCCGUCCCGUUCCGACCGUCCAGUAACUUGCAGUUACCCGACAAAAUUCAUGCUCGAACCAAAAUAUUACGGAAUCCACACUAAAAUAAAUGCAUCAUUUUUAAUGCAAUUUAAUAAUAAAAUAGUAAUCAAAAGAGCAGCUACCCCUACAAAUGCAUCUGAUCCGUUACCGUACCCACCUAAAAUUGCAGCACAAAACACACACACUCUCUCUGUGUGAAAAAUCAGUCACAUUUUGAUCUUAAGCGCUAUUUUUACCGUUAUAAAUUCGUAAUGGGGGUCUGGGUUUUACAUCUCAUCACAGAUGUGAAACCCUAGGCGUAAGGGUCUAUUUGCUAGAGUCGGAAAUUGGUAAAAUUGGACGCGAUUUGAAUGGGAAAUUGCUGCAGAUCUCCGGCGGCUGUUGCCCGAGAAGACGUGAAGUCAUCCAAUUUUUCCGGCCAUGAUCUGGGCCGAAAAGACAAGUCUGGGGCUGGCAACACUAAAAAGGCCAUUACUGUUCUGAAUGACGUUAAAAAGGAAAAUAUUGAGGAGAAGUAUUUAGUGGAUAGGGAGCUGGGACGAGGAGAAUUUGGGGUUACGUAUUUGUGCAUUGAACGGGAGACGAAGGAGCUAUUGGCUUGCAAGUCGAUUUCAAAGCGGAAGCUGCGGACGGCUGUGGAUGUGGACGAUGUGAGGAGGGAAGUGGCGAUUAUGAAGCACUUGCCUGACAAUUCGAGCAUCGUGAGGUUCAAGGAGGCGUGCGAAGACGAAAAUGCAGUACAUUUGGUGAUGGAGCUGUGUGAGGGUGGGGAGCUCUUUGACAGGAUCGUGGCGCGUGGGCACUACACGGAACGGGCGGCCGCUGCAGUCACUAGGACCAUCGUUGAGGUUGUGCAGCUCUGCCACAAGCACGGGGUCAUCCACAGAGACCUGAAGCCUGAGAACUUUUUAUUUGCAAAUAAGAAGGAGAAUUCGCCUCUGAAGGCAAUUGAUUUUGGCUUGUCAAUCUUCUUUAAGCCCGGUGAAAAGUUCUCUGAAAUUGUGGGAAGUCCUUACUAUAUGGCUCCAGAAGUGCUCAAGCGAAACUAUGGACCGGAAAUAGAUAUAUGGAGUGCUGGGGUGAUUCUUUAUAUCUUGUUGUGUGGAGUUCCUCCAUUUUGGGCUGAAUCUGAACAAGGUGUUGCUCAGGCCAUUAUACGUGGGAAAAUAGACUUUGAAAGGGAACCAUGGCCAAGCGUUUCAGAGAGUGCCAAGAGUCUUGUACGACAGAUGUUGGAGCCUGAUCUUAAGCUUCGACUCACUGCAAGACAAGUUCUUGAACAUCCUUGGCUACAAAAUGCAAAGAAGGCUCCAAAUAUUCCUCUUGGAGAUGUUGUCAAGUCAAGACUCAAGCAAUUCUCGUUGAUGAAUAGGUUCAAGAGGAAGGCUCUGAGGGUCAUUGCUGAUUUCUUGUCCAAUGACGAAGUCGAAGACAUAAAAGAGAUGUUUGCUAAGAUAGACACUAACAAUGAUGGUAUUGUUUCAACUGAAGAACUGAAGGUUGGAUUACAGAAGUUCAAUUCACAGCUAGGAGAGUCUGAAGUACAAAUGCUUAUCGAAGCUGUGAGUCUACAGCUUGCCUUAUAUUGUUGACACUUAUAAACGCUU